AUGAGAGUAUUCACCAAGAUGCGAGAACAGUAUUGCACAAGAGCGACAGCUCGUUCGUUACCAACUCCCGAGUCGUCUGAUCAUCCGGAAACACCGGAAAGCGUUUCAACCGUGGAGCAACAAACUCACCAACCGAACACGUCAAUAGAACAAUCACCCAUGAUAAAACCUAUACGACCACUAAAAAAACCGCCUGUCAAAGCACCGGGAGGCGUGGAGUGUAAUAAUCCUCAUUGUAGAACAAAGUACGCUUCCGCUUGGCGUACAAACCCAGAAGGAGGCUGGUUAUGUAAUGCAUGUGGUAUAUUCAUUAGAACAAAGGGUUACCACCGACCUCCAGAGGUGAUUAAUCGUGUGUACAAAACUACUAACGAUUUAAAAGCUCGGACAGUCCCUAGAAAGGACACAAUUCGCAAGCGUAAAAUUCCUGAAACGACCAAUAACGCAGACACCUUCACCGAAAGUCUGACAUCGAGUGCCGUGAUUACGCGCAGCAAGAGUAAAAAUUCUGUAUCUGAAGGCUUGACUUCAAAGAAUAUGAUAGAAACGCGUAGCAAAAAGAAAAUAAGAGAAUGCUCGGAUGAUGAUGACACAGAAAUGUCAGAAGCCCUUUACCAAAAAACCCAGGACGAACCCUUACCAUGGAAUCGUAAGGAAUAUCUGAAAUGCGGAUUAUAUUCUAUGGAUCUUAAAGUUAACAAGUCCACGAAAAGAAAUUCAAAGGAAACAGUAAAAGAGAUAUCGUCGGAAGUUUUUCCACUUCCCGUUCAAUACGGUCAAUUUCUUAUGACGGAUAGACGUAACUUUCGUUUGCCUUGGGAUAUAAUGACCGCUCACAAAUCGGGCUUGUUACAGCGAGAAUAUAGAAAGAUCCAAACGAACGUAUAUAUAGAUCGUAAGCGUAAAAACGAAAAACCGGUCAUAUGUGACUGUAAGCCGCCCAGCGAUGGCGGACCCGGCUGCACCGAAGAUUGUUACAACAGGCAUAUAAAAGUUUAUCAUGUGCACUCAUUUACGAUCAAUGUGGUGAUGUUCUAUGAAUGUUCUCCAAAACACUGUCCUUGUGGUAAACAAUGUACCAAUCAAAGAUUCCAAAGGAAAGAAAGUGUCAAGGAGUUAAAAGUGUUCAAGACCGGAAAUCGUGGUUAUGGACUUCUUACGCUCGGGGAUGUUAGGAAAGACCAACUGAUCUUGGAAUAUCGGGGGGAGGUUAUCUCGCACAACACAGCUAUAAAACGCAUGGAAACAAAAUACAAAUAUAUGAAGAGCAUAUACUUCCUUGACUAUGAAAACAGGGCUGUUGUAGAUGGUGCUUUACGUGGUACCGAAGCGAGGUUCAUUAAUCAUAGCUGCGCCCCAAAUUGUCAUAUCGAAAAAUG